CCAAACUAUAACUUCAAAAGAGAGUGAGGACAUUUUUAGACUUAACUUUGCCAUUGAUAAAUACAAAAAAGGCCAGCAAUAUGAUGUAGCUUUUUCUAUUUUUAAAGAUCUAAUGAAAGAUCAAUAUUAUUCGAACUCUAACGAUGAAAGUAAAAUUAAAAUCUACAAUCAAGCUACAUAUUAUUCUGCACUUUGUUAUUUAUAUGAGCAUGGUGUAGAACAAGAUAAGGCUUAUGCUUUAGAUAUCACAGAUAAUUUACAUAAUAGUGAAGAUGUUUGGGAUAUUUAUCAAGAACUGAUUGAAGAUGAUGAGAUAAAAUUGACAGCAUUAAUUAAGAUAGCAAGCUGCUAUAACAAAAAAAUUAUCCAAAGCGAAAGCCUUGCAUUUAAAAUAGCAUUAGAACUUUAUAGUAAAAACAAAUAUAAAGAGUCAUAUGAAAUUUUUUCUAAACUUAGUUCUAGUAAAAAUGAUGUGAUUAAAUUUCUUGCCACAUGUUUUAAAGCAUCUUACUAUAUUUCUGGAUAUAAUAACAUCAAAAAAGACAAAAACCAUGCUACCAUGCUAUUAGGUGCAAGCCUGAAAUAA